AGACACCAUUGACAUUUUAAGGUCAGGGUUAAUUUCACUUUAUCUCAGGCCAUGGAAUGUCCUAGUGGGGUUCCCCAGGGCUCAGUACUAGGACCUAUUCUCUUCCUGAUCUACAUAAAUGAUCUUCCUCGACAGGAAACGCCAGACUUAUUACUUUUCGCUGAUGAUGUGAAACUUUGGAGAGAGAUAUGCAACCAAGACGAUAUACGGGCACUUCAGGAGGAUCUGACUCGACUUCAAAGUUGGGCAGACGAUAACGGACUUACGUUUAACACUUCAAAGUGUAAAGUACUCCAUCUGCAACAUGUCGCAGACUACAGUUAUAACUUAGGUACCUCCUCUCUAGUAGUAUCCCAAGUCGAAAAAGAUUUAGGAGUCCUUGUGCCCUACGAUUUAAAGUUUUACGCUAACUGUGACAAAAAUGCCUUCCGAGCAAACCUUGCACUGAUAACAUUGAAGCGCAUUUUUGGCCAGUUUGACGGAAGAAUUUUCCAUAUAAUCUUCAAUAGUUUUAUCCGUCCCCAUUUAGAGUACGGAAACAUAGUAUUCCCCCCUUCAUUCCAAAAGGAUAAGGACACCCUGGAGCGUAUCCAACGGAGAGCCACGAAAUCAGUUCGAGGACUCAAAUUUAAACCUUACGAAGAGCGCCUCCGUUCACUUAACCUUUACCCAUUAGAGUAUAGACGUCUUAGAGGUGACCUUCUGAUGGCUUAUAGUAUCCUUAACACUUCUGGACAUCCUCUCAAACACCUGCUUAAGCUUAGUUCCAACACUAACCUAAGAGGUAACACCCGAAAACUGGAGACACAACAUAGCAGAACGGACUGUAGACACAGCUCUUACUCCUUAAGAGUUGUCAAAUGCUGGGAUUCGCUGCCGAGCGAGCUUGUCCAAGCAACUUUCCAGGAGUCCUUCAAGAGGCAACUUGAUCUAUUCUUAAGGAUUAAGGAUAGUAUCACACUAUGAUUUACUAAUUUCUUUUCCUCCUUUAUUGUUAACAUACCUAGGUUCCUGCCUGGAGGAUUUAGUGAUCCCCUGCUACUAGACACGGAAGCCUGUUAAGCGAAAGCUUCUUCUAUUCCGUCCACAACCAUUUGAACCAUUUGAUCCCUGGAAUAGCAUAGUUCCCGUAUGAUGAUCAACUGACUAAACUAAAUCUAUUUCUAACGUCAUAUGGAAGAACCUGAUGUUAUUUGAUCAUAGAUUUUAAAUUACUUAAUGACCACUUUUCAUCUGGUAUGCCUCCAUUUUCGCUGCCUCCCGAAACAGAGAAUUUGCGAGGUUACUCUAGAAAUUUCACGAACCCAAAACAAAUUACUUGUUAACUAACUAUCGAACCCAUCGACGAAUGUAAUUCAAUACCUCAACAAAUGAUUAAAGCUCCAUCUGUUGAAGCUUUCAAAAGAAGUUUGGAUCUUCUAAAAGACCACCAUUUCCAGGAAUAACACAAGCCACCCAGUCUCAUAUCCUUUCCAAACUGAAACUGGGGCUUAGUGACCGCGCCUAUCUCAACACAAUUGGGAUUAGACCGUUUACGUUAUUUUCUCAAAAGUAUCAUUUUCCUUGUAUACGAACCCGAUAUUUAUUCUCCAAUAUGGCUGUCAGUUAUUUAAGUCAGGUAGAAGCUCAACAAGUAGAUAAUGAAUUAUUUACAGAAUAUGCUUUCUCUGUUGAUCAGCUGAUGGAAUUAGCUGGUCUAAGCUGUGCUGUUGCUAUCAAUAAGGCUUAUCCCCUUAACAAGCUAACUAAAUCCAAUGGUUCUGUACUUGUUUUUUGUGGACCAGGAAACAAUGGUGGAGAUGGUUUAGUUUGUGCUCGACAUUUGAAAAUGUUUGGUUACAAACCUUCUAUACAUUAUUCUCGUAACCCAACCAAACAAUUGUAUAAAAAUUUAGUUAUUCAGUGUGAAAAAAUGGACAUUCCUUUUCUAUCAGAUUUGACAAAUGAAACAGUUAACUUAUCUCAAUCUUAUGAUCUAUUCAUCGAUGCACUUUUUGGAUUUGGUUUCAAACCGCCUGUAAGUCUAGAAUUCAAAAGUAUAUUACAAAUUAUGUCAACAAGUCAAAUUCCUGUCAUAUCAAUAGAUGUUCCAUCAGGGUGGAAUGUGGAAACUGGACCAUUAGAUAGUGAAAAUAAUUUAAAACCGGAUUGUUUAAUAUCAUUAACUGCACCGAAAUUAUGUGCUCAAUUCUUUCAAGGACAGUAUCAUUUUCUCGGUGGGAGAUUUGUGCCAGAUGCACUAAUGAAGAAAUACAAGUUGAAACUACCUACAUAUCCUAGUCAUGAGUUAUGUGUACUACUUAAUUCCUCCGAUGAUAAGAAGUAGUUAGUUAUAUUUGCCAAACUUUUGUAAAUGAAAUUUUGUUAAAAUAUCUUUAUCUAGAAAGUUCCACUGAAUGUUAAUACUUUAUUUACGAAUAGCACAACUAACUGAAUUAGCUUUUGUUAACAGACCAUUUUCAUGUGUAUCCACUGUGUCAUCAGAUCUGAUAGGUCUCAUUUUUAUCUCAUUUAUGUUUGAUUUGUAUGUGAAUAUAAUACACGUUUUCAUGAUUUUUAUUUGAAUUAUUAUAUCAAGUCUUUCAAGUAGAUACAAAUCCAGUAUUUCAAUGGAGGUAAGGAGGAAAUUAGAACUUAUUUAUUGUAAGAAUUCAAUGUAUUUGUAGACAAAAUUAUUCAUUGAUUAGUCUUACUUCUUACUAACUGUAAUAGAAUAUCUGAAGAUUGAUCUAUAAAUUUGUUGAUUCAUUAUUCAAUUACAGAACCAUUAAAAUUAGACUUAUGAUUACCAUCGUUCUUCUUAUCUUUAUAUUUACUUAUCCCAUAAACCUAG